AUGUACAAUCUGUGGCGGGCUAGAAACGUUUCUCUAAUUCGUCUGACUGUCAGAAUGACUCAACAAGAACAGCAACGUUUUGCUAAUCGAUUAGCAAACGAAAAAUCUUCUUAUCUGCAACAACAUGCUCAUAAUCCAGUGAACUGGUAUCCGUGGUGUAAAGAUGCAUUUGAAAAGUCGCGUCAAGAAAACAAACCGAUAUUUCUUUCCAUUGGAUAUAGCACAUGCCAUUGGUGUCAUGUCAUGGAACACGAAUCGUUCGAAAACGCUGAAAUUGCUAAAAUACUCAAUGAUCAUUUCAUUUCAAUCAAAGUUGAUCGAGAAGAACGACCGGACGUCGAUCGAGUCUACAUGACAUAUCUCCAAGCGACAGAAGGUGGUGGUGGUUGGCCAUUAUCAGUGUGGCUUACUCCACAAUUACAACCUUUCUUCUCCGGUACUUAUUUUCCACCAACAAAUGAACAUCAAUACGGUCGUCCAGGUUUCAAAGAAAUCUUAUUGAAAUUAAACGAAGCUUGGCGAACAAAAUCAAAGGAUAUUAUCGAUGGAAAAAAUAACUCUGAUGUUAUCACCAAUACGAGUGUACAAACGUGUUUCGCAUACUUUGCUAAUGAUUUCGAUGAUGAUCAUGGCGGGUUUGGUACAAGUCCAAAGUUUCCACAACCAGUUAACUUUAACUUUUUAUUGACGCAUGCUGCUGUAAGUCAUCAAUCGAAGGGAAAACCUGAUACAGCUAGACUAGCUAUCGAUAUGACACAAUUGACAUUGAAGAAAAUGGCUCUAGGCGGCAUCAAUGAUCAAUUAGGAAAAGGUUUCCAUCGAUAUUCAACUGAUAAGCGAUGGCAUGUGCCACAUUUUGAAAAAAUGCUAUAUGAUCAAGGACAAAUCGCUGUGGCAUUAGCAGAUACAUAUGCAAUUACUAAAGAUGAACUUAUCGGUGAAACACUGCGAGAUUUAAUUUCGUAUGUUCAACGUGAUCUACGUCAUAGUCAAUAUGGAGGUUUCUAUUGCGCUGAAGAUGCGGAUUCAUUGCCAACAAAAGCUGAUAAAAAGAAAAAAGAAGGUGCUUUUUAUGUGUGGAGUUAUGAUGAACUAUAUCAGCUGUUACCAGAAAAAAAUGCACAAAUCUUCAGUCAUUACUAUCAAUGCAAGAAAAAUGGUAAUGUUGAUCCUAUGCAAGAUCCGCAUGACGAAUUGAAAAAUCAAAAUGUUCUGAUUACCGAUGAUAAUCUCCAAGCUACCGUUGAAAAAUUCCAACUUGCCAAUACGAAUGAAUUGAAAGAAAUCUUAGCUGAGUGCCAUCAGAUUCUUUUGACAUAUCGAAAUGAAAAUCGACCACGACCACAUCGUGAUGAGAAAUUUCUCGCAUCGUGGAAUGGCUUGAUGAUAAGUGGUUUAGCUCGCGCAGCUUGUGUAUUACAAGAACGAAAAUACACUCAACUUGCUGAACAAGCUAUGAAUUUUAUUCGUACUCAUUUGAUCGAUUCGGCAACACAACGACUUCUGCGUACAUGUUAUAUCGAUCAAAAGACGCAUGAAAUUCAAUAUACAGAUUCGAAAGUGAAUGGAUUCUUAGAUGAUUAUGCUUUUGUUAUUCAAGCUUGUAUUGAUCUUUACGAAACGAACUUCGAUGAAGAAUUAUUACUAUUCGCGUAUGAUUUACAAAAGCAGCAAGAUGAACUCUUUUGGGAUUCAAAUAAAAAUCGAUAUUUAAGCACAGACGGCAAAGAUACUUCCAUUAUUUUACGUCUUUCCGAAGAUCACGAUGGCGCUGAACCAUCACCAAAUGCAAUAGCAUCUCUCAAUCUUCUGCGUCUCGGUCAUUACUUUGCUGAUACCUCACUCCACGAUCGUCUUCGACUAUUAUUCAAAUCUUAUUCUCGUCAAUUGACUAAAGUGCCAAUGACGAUGCCAACAAUGAUUCGUUGUUUUGAAAUGUACACGCAAGGUAUGAAUGAAAUUGUUGUUCAAUCAUCAAACAACGAAGAAAUCAAUCGAUACAUUCAAACAUCCUAUCUUCCGAAUAAGAUCAUCAUCAAUUUAAUUAAGCCAAAUCAUAAGCUUCUUCAAUACAACAAACACUUAACAUCAUUUAUGGACGGAACAAACGAACAGACGCGUAUUUUUCUUUGUAAAAAUUUUCAAUGUCAAUUGCCUGUAGCAUCUUUUGAAGAUUUUAAACAAAAACUAGAUCCUUUAAUUCUAACAUACAAAUAA